UUCAGAGCAGAGUGUCACUUCUGGGAUCCAGACGCAAUCAAUAGCAGACAUGAACGCAAAGUAUACCAUUGCCCUGAUCCUGGCUUUGCAGGUCUCCAUGAGCCUGUGCGAUAUUCCCGAACCAGACCAGGAGCUUGUGGAUAAAUAUAACACCAUGAAGAGUACCUUCUACAAGCGGCUGUUGAAUGCGUACGGCAAGCUUCAGGUCGCUGCUGCCCCCAUGAUUGAGAAAAUUGGAGAGGGCGAGCGGGGGGCAGCAGUAAAAGACUUGUUGGAGGAUCUGCAGAGCAAGCCAGAGUUCCAGGCCAUCUUCAAGUUUGGCAGUGCCUUGUUUCAUGGCUUCGGACCUCUGGUAGACAAGGCCCGCAUGUCCUCCCUGCGCCUGUACCAAGAACACCUGCGCCCGGAAUACGGCCAGCUCCUGAGCGAGUGGAUCGACAGAAUCAAGGCCCACCUGGACAAGUUCCUGCCCGCAGAACCGAAGUCUACAUAAAAACUGGGAAGCCCAAUACAGACCACCCAGCGCUUCAAGUCCAGAGGAGCACCGAGCAUGGUUUCAUAUCAUAAACUCGCCAACGCCACCUACACCAAAUGUAUUCAGCGUGUGCAACAUGUUUGUGUCUGGUACAGCAACAGUAGUCUUUGUACGAUUGUGUGUGUUUGUAUCUGUGAGUGUGUGCAAUAAAAUGAA